AUGCAAUUCAGAACACUGUUGUUGAAGCUCCUUGGUUCAAAUCAUGUCGGAGAUUGUGUGCUUACAUUAGCUGCAAGUCUCUUAACGAAGUUGACACUUGUCAAAUCUUGUCUAAGAUUCUCCAACAUCCUGAAAAAAGCUCCUAAAUUUGUAAAAAAAAAUUUAUCUGUUGAUUCCUAUUCUUUCAGUGCAAAUCCAAUUCCAAAUACAGUGGCAGAUAAAAAGCUAUAUGUGCCUUGGGUAGAGGAUAAAAAGAGUAACAUGCGUAUGCUGCACAUAUCUCACAUGGAUGAUCUCAUUGCAAACUCUAUGAACAUUUUGGAACCAGCUCUAGUUGAUUCUCUUUCAGUGCAAGAGCUUGUGUUUGGAGAUGAAGCUCAUAUCACUUGGUUCAUUGGCAGUUGGACGAUGCAUGUUGGAUUUUGCUAA